CCACAACUUUCAUUUUGCUGUAGCCAUUUUGUACCUGGAUGAUGCCUGAAGGAAAGCGGGUCAAAGAGCCAAAAUGGCUGUAUGUAUGGUUCUCUGAUGAGAACAGGGGAGCCAUUUUCGAAGCAAAGAAGGUGACACAGCCGGAGAAGAAAGCCGACAUUAAGGUGGGGGGCACUGUCACCAUCAAAGGUCAAGAUGACUCGUACGAGGGAAAAGUGAUGUUUAGCACACAAUCAGACGACUACUCUGUUGUGAGCCAGUUUGCAUUGGACCAUGAGAAGAAACUGAGAGAUGAGGAGAAGUCCAAGAAGAAAGCAGCGGAGGAAUCUCUGAAGAGGAAGACAUCAGCAACACCUGUGACACAGGGGAAAAAGAAGAAGACAGCUGGCCCAAAGAACAGUCAAGAUGAAGACAAGACUGGAAAAAAGAAAAAGAACACAUCACAGACCACACAACAAAAGACGGCAAAAAAGAAGAAGGCUCCCAAAACGGACCGUGAAAAAGAACUCGAUAGGCACCGCCAAGCAAACCUGGAUGCAGUGACAGAAGGGCUGCUUGAGAGGAUGCAUCAAGAUAGGGCAGAAAAUAUGAAUCAGCAAAUUGAUGAUGAGGAUGAGCCUGAGCUGCCGCCACGUCAGAAAGGCUUAUCUGAUGAUGACAGUGACAACAUUUGGGAGGACAACAUUGGGGAUGACCACGUUUGGGGGGGCAACAACACUGGGGACAACCAGAAUGGAGACAACACUGCAAGGGGCAACAACACUGGGGACAACCAGAAUGGAGACAACACUGCAAGGGGCAACAACACUGGGGACAACCAGAAUGGAGACAACACUACUAGGGGCAACAACACACCAGGGGACAACCAGAAUGGAGACAACACUACUAGGGGCAACAACACUGGGGACAACCAGAAUAGGAACAACACUGCUUGGGGCAACAACACUGGGGACAACCAGAAUGGAGACAACACUGCAAGGGGCAACAACACUGGGGACAACCAGAAUAGGAACACUGCUUGGGGCAACAACACUGCUUGGGGCAACAACACUGCUUGGGGCAACAACACUGGGGGAAACAACACUGCUUGGGGCAACAACACUGGGGGCAACAACACUGCUUGGGGCAACAACACUGCUUGGGGAAACAACGCUGCUAGGGGCAACAACACUGCUUGGGGCAACAACACUGGGGGAAACAACAGCAACUACCGACCACCCCUGGCAACAAUCGUGGACAUGAACCAAAUGCAGUCACAGCCUAGGGCUGGAAACUGGAAAUAUCCCCUGCUGUCCCCAAGGGAUACUGUGCAGGUUCCCGUUGCCCUUGGGGAUCCCCACCUUGGGGUGCUGAUCUAUCCAGGGCAGCUUCUUGAUGCUGAGCUGGUCAAAGAUGGCGCUAGUGGCUCUGGCUACCUUCGGAGGCUAAUGGACUUCUAUUUCACGAAAGAAGUCCUUGCCUCUUCCAGCUAUAAGGGGAAGGGAAAACAUGCUGCCCUGGAUAGCGACAUCAUGUCAGCAAUCAUCUCCGCAACAAAGGCCAAGUUCCCUGCGUCCCAGCUGCUGUAUAGCCACAUUAUAGAUAACAAAUGCGCAAAGUCCAGGCAGCAUAUUGCCAACAAACGUGCUGCCCCACAGUAUCACGUGGACAAUUCUCUCAGUGCCAUGUAGGGCAGAGUAUUUGCAUUGGGUGUCAAGUAAACCUUGGUUGCAACUCUAUUGUGACUUUGAGUGAUUCUCACAGUUUAAUUCAUACUUGGGAACAAGAUCUGAUAUACAUGUACAUGUAGAAUGCCCAGGAGCUUGCUCCAUAUAAGAUAAGAUGUUGACAUCAUUUUGUAUUAUUUACUCCUGUGCUCUUAUGUCAGAAUGCAAUGACACAAAUAUUGGUAAGGGGUGCCAUUGUAUACAUUUCUUGAAAACACGCCAGACUUUUUGUUUAGCACAUUUUUGCUAUUGGCUCUUGCCCCCAAACCAUGUAUAUUUUAGGCUUCUGUCUUCUGAUACGAGAAGGAUAUCAAUGACCUGAAAAUGUCUAUGAGUGUGCUUAAUUGGAUUUCUUGGGCAUAUCCCUUUUAAAUUAUCAAAUUUUCUUCUAUGAUUUUUACCCUACUGUACACUGAUAUUUGAACCAAAAGAUCUUAAACGUGAUACAGGCCACAUGGUAUCUAGGGAUUAUGUGCUAUUACCUUUUGUUUUGAGCAUUGUUUUGGCUAUUUUGGCAAAUGAUAUAUAUACAUUGUAUUUUAUAGGCUCCUGUGCACUGAUAUUAGAAACAAGUUGAUGAAAUUAAUUAACUUCUUGUGCAUUUACUGUACUCUUUAGACCAUAUUAACCUGGUGUUUUUAGUAUUUCCAUAAAACCUGUUGAUGCAGUAGUUGUAAAUGCAUCUUAUAUGUAAAUAAAAUGCAUCUUAGAGAGGGACAAUGGUAGUGAGAUGCAAAUUGUUUUGAUUAGGCAAAUAUUUACUUGUAGUUCCAUGAUAAACUGCAUAUGUGUAUUUUGGUUACACAUGCAAAUGCAGAUAACGCCAUAAUAAAGGUACAUGUAUAUGUGUAUACUUAUUAAGGCUUUGUUUUUAAAUACGUUUAAAACACCAUGUAGCUUGAUGUAAGUUCUUUGGGGAGUAUUUUUCAAAGGUUGGUGGUCUAAAAGUUUUUUCAGAAUAAUAAAAAAAAAAAACUCAGCUGUGUUUGAAUGUUCAUUUCCUGCCUUCUCAUAUUUAUGAGCUGUGAACAGAAGGCAGUUCCCAGCAGUACUUUGUUGUCUGAAAUUAAGAAUUUAGUAAUUGUCAUCCCCAAGGUUUCUGCUGUAUAUUGUUGGAUUUCACUCAACAACUUUUUAUGGCUAUGGCCUGGCUGCUGUGGGUUAGCCUGGUAUCCAUCCUCGGGAAAUUCCUUGGCUGGACACAGCUACAUUUGUACAUGUAGGCUGUUUGAAUGAAACCUAAACACACUAUGGCUAUGGCCUGGCUGCUCAGGAAAUUCCUUGGCUGGACACAGCUACAUUUGUGUAUUGUAGGCUGUUUGAAUGAAACCUAAACACACUCCUCUAUCUCUAAUAACCAGAGCUACUCAGCUUUGUUGGAAGCUAUACUAUAGGCAGAUCAUGAAAAACUGACCCCACUGUGAGUUAAGGCCAGGCUACUUGGUCUAGUA